AUGAAUGAAAUUAAUCAGCAAUUGUUGUCGGCUGAAGCAGAUGCUGUUAAAAGAAGCACUGAGCUUGAAAAUACGUUAAAACAGGAAUUAGGAAUUGAUCCAAUACCUGUAAAAUCAUGUACGGAAAAGGCUGCAGACGUUGAUGAAAUGAAGCAUGUAAGUUUUGAACCACAAUUUCAGAAUCAUUUGUUGGAUACGUCCCACUUGCAUUCUUCAGCUGUAAACAUAGGACAGACCUUUGGAAACAGUAAUGCCCUUAAAGUAAUCGAUAGUUUAGGGCAUUCUGCAGCAGCCUAUCAAGCAGCUAAGGAUAGAUUAGAAAGGAAAUACGGAGGCCACCGUCGAAAAAUGGCUAUCUAUCUUGAACAACUUGAACAGUUUCGGACAAUGCGUCCGGGAAAUGCAGGGGAUAUCGAUAAAUUUGCUGAUUUGUUGGAUGUUACUGUUAUAAAUUUGAAUGAGUCUGGCAACGAAGAUGAAUUAAGAUCAGGAUCAUUAUACAAUUUAUUACAAAGAAAAAUGCCUGAAAACAUGUUGUCAAGAUACUAUAGAUGGGUGUAUGAGACAAAGGUAAAUGAAUCGGUUGAAUCUCUUCGAAUAUGGAUAAAUAAAGAAGCCGAAUUUCAAACAAUAGCACAUGAAACAAUUACAGGAAUUAUGACUGAAAACAAACCAGGAAAUAAUACGUCCAGAAAACAAGAAAAAACACGAACGAUGUUUUCUAACUCAAGCAGCUACAGAGUAUGUACAUUAUGUAAUGCAAAUCAUGGAAUAUGGGCAUGUGACCAGUUUAAAGAAAUGAAUAUUAAACAACGAUGGGAUUUUGCAAAAACAAAGAAUUUAUGCUAUCGAUGUUUAGGGGCUAAUCAUAGAGGACGGGAUUGUACACGAAGCAGAGUUUGUGGACUAAGCGGAUUACCAGUCAUCUUAAAAAAUGGAUUGAAAAAAAUAACUGUUAAUGCGCUACUUGAUGAUGGAAGUUCUCAGACGUACAUCAAUUCGGAUAUUGCUGGUGAGCUAGGGCUCCAAGGGAAGUUCGAAAAAAUAAAAGUUAACGUUCUCAAUGGAAAAAUUGAUGUGUUUGAUACUAUGCCUGUGUGUGUAGGAUUGGAAAGCAUUGAUGGUAAAGUUAACAUGAAAGUGAAUGCAUUAACAACGGAUAAAGUCACUGGUGAUAUGCAUGUUACCAAUUGGAACACUGUAAAAUCUAAGUGGAAACACCUUGAGGACAUCGAUUUUCCCAGCUAUAGAUCAAAACAAAUUAUAGAUAUUUUGAUCGGAUUAGAUUUACACUUUUCGAUUAACGAAGUAAGAGGAGGUAUCGGUGAACCUAUUGCUAGGUUAACACCACUUGGAUGGACUUGUAUCGGAAAUCCAAAUAGUCAACAACAAACAGCACAUGCAGUUAACUUUGCUAGAACAUAUCAUAGUUGUGCUCGUAGAGGAGCAGAACUUGAUAAAUUGGAUAGUAAGCUUAAGCAAUUCUGGGAGAUCGAACAUUACGGAAUUAAAAAUGAGGUACCUGUAUUUACACAAGAUGAAAAAUUAGCAGUAAACAAAGUUGAAAUAGGUAUUAAGCUUGUAAACGGCCGAUACCAAGUACCAAUUCCAUGGAAAGCUGAACGAGAAACGUUACCAGAAAAUUAUGACAUGGCAGUUCGUAGACUGGAGUGUGCUGAGAAACGUUUAAGAAAUCCGGACAUAGCAGCAUCAUACUCUCCAACAAUUGACCAAUAUGUACAGAAAGGAUAUAUUCGAAAGAUUACUGAACAUGAAAAACAACCAAUGGGAAAAUGGUAUUUACCUCAUUUUGCUAUUGUUAAACCAGACAGGUCUACAACAAAGACUCGGAUAGUCUUCGAUGCUUCAGCAAGGAAGAAUGAUGUUUGCCUCCAACUAUCAUGUGAAAUGUACCUGCGGAUAGAAAUUGAUCCUGACGACAGACCAUAUAGAUUUUUGUGGAGAGAAUUGGAUUUAACUAAACGUCCAGAUGAAUACGAAUUUAACAAGAUUGUUUUUGGAGUAAAUGCUUCACCAUUUCUAGCACAAUUUGUGUCACAAAUACACGCUCGCAAGUUUGCUGCAGAGUUUCCCUUAGCUUCAGAAACUGUGCUGAAAUCAACCUACAUGGAUGAUAGUAUGGACUCUGUAAAAAAUUAUGUAGAGGAACUGGAGCUAUAUAGACAGCUGUCUGGACUUUGGAGUAGAGCUGGUAUGUAUGCUAGAAAAUGGUUGUCAAAUUCAACAAAAGUAUUACAUAGCAUCCUUUUAAAAGACAGAUCUUCUGAGAUUAUUUUGGAAAGCAAUCCCUUACCAACGAUAAAAACUUUAGGCAUACUAUGGGUUGCUGAAGAAGAUGUUUUCAUAUUUCGUUGUACUCCACCAUUAGCAGAUUUUAAAAUGACCAAACGAAAUAUACUAAGUAAAAUUGCCACAGUAUUUGAUCCAUUAGGAUUUCUAUCGCCGUACAUCAUCAGAGCAAAAGUGUUGAUACAGGAGAUGUGGGCUGCUGGAAUUGAUUGGGAUGACAACUUAGAUGACAAUAUGGAAUUAAGAGUCAACAGAUGGUUUGAAGAACUAAAUCAUAAAGGUACCAAGAUGUCUACAGGUAUACCACAAUAA